AUGACUUCAUCACCACCCACUGGCGUCUUCGUUCCAGUCCCGACAUUCUUCAAACCGGCAUCCGCCUCUUCGUCUCUCCAAGCAGCUAUCGACGUCGAAACACAAGUCGCACACUCCAUUCAUCUUGCUAAAAAUGGCGUGCGCGGCCUCGUGCUCUUGGGCUCGACCGGUGAGGCAAUUCACAUGUCACGACAAGAGCGGUUCGACCAAGUCUCUGGUGUACGCAAAGGACUGAACGAUGCCGGGUUUCAAGAUUACCCAAUCAUGGCCGGUGUUCUUAUCAACAGUGUAGAUGAAGUUUUGGAAUGGUUGGAAGACUUCAAGAAAGCGGGCGCACAAUGGGGAUUAGUGCUUGCGCCGGGAUACUUCGGGGCAGCAGCGAGUCAAGAAAACAUCAUAGAAUGGUAUAGACUCGUAGCUGACCGGUCACCAAUCCCUAUUCUCAUCUACAAUUACCCUGGCGUCACAAACAACGUCAUGCUGACCCCGGACACAUACCGCACCCUCGCACAACAUCCCAACAUCGUCGGCUGCAAAAUGUCCCACGGCAACGUUUCGUAUCACGUCCAGGUAUCGCUAGACCCAGAGAUUGAUCAUAAGAAGUUUAAAGUAUACAGCGGCUUUGGGCAACAGCUUGGACCAAUUGUUCUCUUCGACGCUGCGGGUGUGAUUGAUGGCCUGGCAGCGAUAUACCCGAAAACGGUAUCACUACUGUUCAAACUGGCAGAGAAACGGCCAUUAGACGAUGCCACCCUGCAGAAGAUAAAGGAGCUGCAGUACACUGUGAGCGCCGCUGAAGAGUACGUGGUAGCGGGUGGUAUCAUCGGGAUCAAAGAGGCUGUUCAUCGCGUUCUAGGACUAGGCACACUGGAAGGCGGGCGCCUACCUCUGAAGGGCAAAUUGCCAGACGGAGCUUGGGAGAAGUGGGGCAAGGUGUUGGGCAGGAUUCAAAAGACGGAGGAUUCGAUAGAUGCCUCGGAAUUCAAUUAG